AUGACGAGUAAUAUGGAAUUCACCGAUAAAACACAGCAAACGCUUGCUGAAGCUAUUCAGCUUGCCAAAGAUUAUGCCAAUGCUCAAGUCUAUCCUGCUCAUUUAGCCUUUGUGCUACUCAAUGAGGGAUCAUCUUCAGAGCCUUCCAUGCCUGGUGCCCCUCCAUCUUCAUCUAGUUCUGGCGCUCCACUAUUCGCUUCUGUAGUGUCAAGAGCUGGUGGUGAUCCAGUUGGUGUAAAGCGCAGCGUGCAGAAAUUGAUAGUCCGACUUCCUACUCAAAGUCCUCCGCCAGAUGAAACUUCACUGUCAGGUGCCUCUAUGAAAGUCCUUCGCGAAGCCCAUUCCCUACAGAAAACGAUGCACGACUCCUACAUUGCCCAGGAUCAUAUUCUUCUUGCUUUGAUCCACGAUCCAUCAAUAGCAACUGUACUCAAAGAAAAUAGCCUCACCGAAGCUGCCGUCAAGACAGCCAUCGAACAAAUUCGCGGCAACCGACGUGUAGACUCUAAAACUGCCGAGCAAGGCUUUGAUGCUUUGCAGAAAUAUGCCGUGGAUCUGACGGCUUUAGCUGAAGAGGGCAAGAUUGAUCCUGUUAUUGGUCGCGAUAACGAAAUCCGACGUGCCAUUCGUAUUCUGUGCCGAAGGACAAAGAAUAACCCUGUACUCAUUGGAGAACCUGGAGUCGGUAAAACUGCGAUCGCCGAGGGGUUAGCCCAGCGAAUCGUCAAGCGUGAUGUACCAGCCAGUCUAAUUGCCCGUCUAUACUCUCUCGACAUGGGUGCCCUCAUGGCUGGCGCCAAAUAUAAGGGCGAGUACGAAGAACGAAUCAAAUCCGUCUUGAACGAAGUCGAAAAGGCGUCUGAAGAUGGUGGUCCCGGAAUCAUUCUCUUCAUCGACGAGCUUCAUCUCAUCAUGGCUGGGAGAGGCGCAGAAGGUGGAGGCAUGGAUGCCGGCAAUCUUUUCAAACCUCUUCUUGCCCGAGGAAAACUCAGAUGUAUCGGUGCGACCACCUUAUCCGAAUAUCGCAAGUACAUCGAAACCGAUCCUGCCCUGGAACGUCGAUUCGCUCAAGUCCUCGUGAACGAACCUACUGUGCCGGAGACGAUUAGCAUCCUUCGUGGAAUUCGAGAAAAGUAUGAAGUCCACCACGGUGUUCGCAUUCUCGAUGGCGCUCUCAUCACAGCAGCGACUUUGGCCCAUCGUUAUCUAACAUCAAGGCGCCUUCCAGACUCGGCAAUUGAUCUUGUCGACGAAGCUUGUGCUAGUGUUCGUGUUACCCGCGAAACCGAACCGGAAGCCAUCGACAAGCUGCAACGUAGAAAGCUCGAACUGGAGGUUGAGAUUCAUGCUCUCGAGCGUGAAAAGGACGCCGCCAGUAAAGAGAGGUUACAAUUGGCUAAAAAGGCCAUUGCGGACGUCGAAGAGCAACUUCAACCCCUCAAAGCGGCGUACGACAAUGAGAAGAAGCGAGGAGAUGAAAUUAACCAAGUCAGGCGCAAGAUGGACGAGCUCAAGGCAAAGGUUGAAGAAGCUGAACGAAGAUACGAUCUUGCAACCGCAUCUGAUCUUCGCUACUAUGCAUUACCUGAUCUUCAAGCUCGUCUCGAGAAGCUGGAAGCCAAAAAGGCCGCUGAGGACGCUGCAUCUGCUGGAUCAGGAGCCGAUACCGUUACCCCAGACCAAAUUGCGGACAUUGUCGCGAAAUGGACCAAUAUACCUGUUACGCGUCUCGUAACUACAGAGAAAGAGAAGCUGCUUAGAAUGGAGAAGGUCCUUUCCGAUAGUGUUGUUGGCCAGCAGGAUGCAGUCAAAGCAGUCGCAAACGCAGUCAGACUGUCUCGUAGUGGUUUGUCGAACCCAAACCGACCAGUUGCCAGUUUCCUAAUGGCAGGCCCGUCGGGAACGGGUAAGACGCUUAUGGCUAAAACGCUCGCCACUGUACUUUUCGACUCGCCAGAUACUAUGAUCCGUAUCGACGCCUCGGAAUACUCUGAGAAGCAUUCAAUUUCAAGACUUAUCGGUUCUCCACCAGGAUAUGUUGGAUACGACGCCGGCGGUCAACUGACGGAGUACAUCCGCCGUAAACCUUAUUCCAUCAUACUCAUUGACGAGAUCGAAAAGGCGUGUCGCGAAUUUGUCACGUUGUUCCUGCAAGUUUUGGAUGACGGUCGCCUGACGGAUGGUCAAGGUCGCGUUGUCGACAUGCGCAACACUGUUAUCAUGAUGACCUCUAACUUGGGUGCUGCGUAUCUCAAUGAGAUGGGACAGGGACCUGUAGACACCAAAACAAGAACACUUGUUAUGGGUGCAAUCCAAGCGCACUUCCCACCGGAGUUCAUCAAUCGUAUUGAUGAUAUCGUUAUUUUCCGCGCACUCUCGCAGAAAGACAUCCUCAAGAUCGUUGAUAUCCGCCUCAAGGAAGUCAACGACAGGUUGGCGGAUCGCAAGAUCGUGCUCGACGUUGACUCGGAGAGCAAAAACUACCUUAUGUCUGUGGGCUAUUCGACAGCAUACGGUGCCCGACCCCUCAACAGGGCGAUUCAGAGUGAACUUCUCAAUCCAUUGUCGGUACUCAUUUUGUCUGGCCAAGUGCUUGACGGGGAGACCGUUCGUGUUCGCUUUGAUGGGCCCCACAACCGCCUCACAAUUUUGCCUAAUCAUGAGGGUACAGGCGUGGAGAUGGAUAUCGAUGACCUUGACUCAGAGGAUGACAUUCAAGUUGAAGAGAUGGAUUAA